UGCCAUGAGUUUGACACCCGUCCUCUAAGGAGAUCCUGGAUCAGUAGCUCAGUGAGCCGCAGAAUCUCUCUGAAUCGGCGCCAUCUGCUACAGAAUUUCAGAUGGAUUUGUGACUAGGGUUAGUAAAAGCUCAAGGCACCCCUGCAGCCAAAUCCUUCCCUUGAAAAAGUAAACAAGGAGGUUGUGAUCUUGAGAUGAAAGAGUAAAGUUACGGAGGAGCUACAGAAGCAACUCAGAGGAAAAUGGGGAAGGCAUCAAAAGGCAGAGAAGCCUAAUAAGCUGGAAAGGACUCAAACUCAUGGCCUUUGAAAGCAAUUCCUCUCAAUCCUACGGUGCCGGCUUCAAACACAAGUCCUUCAAAAGAUGGCCCGUGAAUAUGGAAGUGCAUCAGGACAGAAGGAACUUUCUGAAAUAUAGAUAACUGAACCAAGCUAAACCCAGUAUUUAAUAUAUAUCUUGUUUAUCCUAUCUGACUGGUGUAAAACAGUGCUAAAGCUACUCCACUACCCAAGUUGAGCAUGACUUUGGGUGGCUUUUAAGACACAUCUAUAUAAUAUUCUGGGCAACAGUAGAAAAGUGGACUGCUGUUACCUUCUCGUGAAAUAUUUUUCUUUCAACGUGUCAGUGUGGUCUACAGCCCAUUCAUAUCUGAAGCAGAACCAAUCCUGCUUAGCUUUUGAUCCCCAAGAAGGUCAACUACUUGCUGAGACAAUGUGAGGCGGAGUUCAAAGUAAAAAAAAAAAUUGUCUAUUCUACUUAUGGUUAAAUCCUUCUGUUGUGGUUGACUCAUGGAAGCCAGCAGCCAUUGGAAUACUGGCUUCUUUAAUGGCAGCAGCUCUGGGGUAGCAUUAAGGAACAGCUCCAAUUUCAGCUCCCAGUUUACUGGUGUGCAGCUGAUCCAGUCUUUCAAACCUCUGAUCAUCCCCUGCUACACCUUGGUGGUGCUUGUUGGCAUCUUUGGCAACUAUCUUCUUCUUUAUGUCAUCUGCAAGACCAAGAAAAUGCACAACGUCACCAACUUCUUCAUUGGGAACCUGGCCUUCUCAGAUAUGUUGAUGUGUGCAACCUGCAUCCCCUUUACCCUUGCAUAUGCUUUCAACCCCAAGGGGUGGAUCUUUGGGAAGUUCCUGUGUUACUUUGUGUUCCUGAUGCAACCCAUGACCGUCUAUGUCUCUGUUUUCACACUUACUGCCAUUGCUGUGGACAGAUAUUACACCACUCUGCAUCUCCUGAGGAAACGUAUCUCAUUUACAACUUGUGUGUACGUCCUUGGUGGGAUUUGGCUGCUCUCGUGUUCCCUGGUAGCUCCAGCUGUUGCCCACACCUACCAUGUGGAUUUCCAGAAGGAAGGUUUUGCCAUUUGCGAGGAGUUCUGGAUAGGAGAAGAGAGGGAGCACCUGGCCUAUGCUUACAGCACCUUGAUCAUCACCUACAUCCUGCCUCUUUCAGCUGUCUCUCUCUCCUACAUCUGCAUCACCAUCAAGCUGAAGAACCGCGUCGUUCCGGGUCAUCCAACACAAAGCCAGGCAGAAUUUGACCGCCUGAGAAGGAGGAAGGUCUUUCGCCUCCUGGUGUUGGUGGUGGCUGCUUUCGCUGUCUGCUGGCUCCCCAUUCAUCUCUUCAACAUCAUCCGUGACAUCAACAUCAACCUCAUUAACAAAGAAUACUUCCUUCUGUUGCAGUUGCUCUGCCACUGGUUUGCCAUGAGCUCUUCCUGCUAUAAUCCUUUCCUUUAUGCCUGGUUGCACGAUCGCUUCCGAAGUGAGUUGAAAGAAAUGUUCACCUUCAAGAAGAAGAUAAUCCCUGCCAAUAAUUGUGUUGCAGUCAGUGUUAUGCUUUAGAUAUACGGUAGAUUCUAUUCCUGCAUCAAGUAAGUAAGGCAAAGUCUGUUUUGAGUUAGUUCAACUGCUUAUGACUUCACAAAGAUGUUCAUAUAGUUUUCAUGUAGUAAAGGGCAUAUAUGUACACGUAGGAAUAGAUUAUUGUUCUGUGCUUCAGAUAUUCGAUGACUCCAAACCAGGAGUGGCUAAUGGUCAGGUGUCAGGCUAAGCCCAAGGAUAACUAGGAGCAUUUCAGUCAAAAGUUCAGUUCUUUAUUUGCUUAGAAUCAAGAGACAGAAUCUUGCCAGACUAAACCCUUACUAUUUCCAUCCUAAAGGAUACACCCUGAGAGAUUUUAGGGCAGUGGUCCCCAACCUUUGUGGCUUGGUGGGCGGGGAGGGAGAGGAGUAGUGGGCCAAGUGAGUGGCGGGCCGAUGCAUACACAGACACAUGCAUGCAGCCCUUGCACAAAAGGUGUGCAAGUGCAUAGCUUGACUUCUGUGAGUGGUGACCUGGCGUGCAUGUGCACGAGUGCUCACAGCCCACCACUCAUUGAAGUUGAGUUGCGCAUGUUCCAGCCAGUCACUUGCAUGGCCCAAUUCUGAAUAGGUCACAACCUAGUAGAGGGCCAUGGCCUGGGGUUUAGGAACCCCUGUUCUAGGGAGUCCAACUCUUUUUUUCUCUCUCCUAACCAGCUUCAGGUUAUGCUGCCUCUUGUUUGGUCACCCUUUCCCCUUUUAUUAUUAAAAAUAUUUCAAUAAAAAUUAGAUUUAAAAGAAUGAAGAAAGCCAGAUCAACUGAUUUAAAAUGCCUUCUGAAUUGAUAAAAAGCAAAACGCCAAAUUUAAAUACUAGAAAAUAGGUCACAACAAAACUAUUUUUCUUAAAAAACAAAUCUUUACCAAAAAUUACAUACUAUAGCAAAGUGAGCUCAUAUGGGAGGGAAAACUUUUUUCUGCCAUGCAUAUUGUAUUACCUAAAAUGAAUGAAAAAUAAUGACUUUUCAAAAGCAUCCUUUCCUCAUGUACACACCUGCCUAUUUUAAUAAGCAGAUUCAUUAAUCAACCCAAACAUCUAUGAAUAUCUAAUUGGAAGCGAGAAUUUAUCGACAAAUUUGUCUAGAACCGUGAUGGCGAACCUAUGACAUACGUGCCACAGGUGGCACACGGAGCCAUAUUGGCGGGCACGCAAGCUCAGCUCCAACACGCAUGCGCAUAUAAGCCAGCUGAUUUUCAGGCCUUUUGGGCCCACCAGAAGUCAGCCUAGAAAGGCUCUGGAGCCUGGGGAGAGUGAAAAAUGGACCUUCUGGUCUGACCAGAAGUCAGCAAAUGGGCUGUUUUCGGCCUCUGGAGGGCCUCCAGGGUGGGAGGCCUUUUUCGCCCUCCCCAGGCUCCUAGAAAGGCUCUGGAGCCUAAGGAGGGGGAAAAACGGGUCCACUGUGCCAUCACGUACCAAAAACAGGGAGGGUGUGGGGGAAUCACACGUGCAUUUGUGGGAGAGGGGGGCAUAGAAUUAUGGGCGUGGGCACUUGCACACACACUUGGAUGACCUCUCCCUGCUUUUGGCACGCAGUGGCAAAAAGGUUAGCCAUCACUGGUCUAGAACAUUUAUAAAACUGUAACUUUUCAGCUUUUGCUGAAUUGUAGCUGGUGGCACCCUUCUCCUUUGCCCCAUGCAGUGAGGGUUCCACCACAAAUCCGCGAAGCCCUUAUCCGCGGAGAC